AACUUAUGAGUGGAAAGGAAUUAAUGUCUACUAUGGCUAGAAGAGUAAUUCCUAGAUUGGACUAUCCAGAGGCCGAAGAGGUUGUAUUAUUUUAAUUAUUAGUUGGCUUAAUUUUAAGAAUAUGUUCCUCUCACAGGCAAUACGGAAGACAACAAAAAUUUUAAAUGUACGACACCCUUUCGAAAGAUUAUUGAGUGCCUAUAGAGAUAAAUUGGAAAAUACUCUUGCUGGAAGGGAGAAUUUUCAAGAGGAAUAUGGAACUAUUAUUGUUCAGAAUUAUAGAGACCCAAAGAAUCCAGUAAUUCGAGCAAAUCAAGUGAUAAAGAUGAAAGACGCACCUGAACCCGCAGGUGUAGAACCCACGUUUCGAGAGUUCAUUGACUAUGUUAUAAACGCUGAUCUUGGUCGUUAUCACAGUGACGACCAUUGGAUUCCCUAUUAUCAAUAUUGCACACCAUGUUCGCUUAAUUAUGACUUCAUUAACAAGGUAGAAACCCUUUGGCAAGAUCAAGUAUUCACUCUUCGAAAAUUAAAAUUAAAUCAAAAAAUUAAACCCCACUGGAGAAAUAGUUAUGGACGAUCAAAUGCAUCACGUAUUUACUACAGUCAGUUAAACAAAGCAAUGAUUUACAAAUUGUACGACAAAUUUAAAUUAGAUUUUGAAAUGUUUGAUUACUCCCCCAAUGCGUAUUUUAAUUAUGCUACGUCUGAAUUUUAAUAAAAUCUUAAUUAUAAAAACGAUAAAACAGCAUUAAUUAUACAUUCUUUUGCAAAUUUGAAUUCUACGAUCACUACGAGUAAAUAAUAUUAGU